ACCAGUCUGUCAACUUCCUUUUCCGCUUUAUCAAGCACGAUGAUCGGCCAGGAGCGCUGCGUUGAGAUUGGGCGUGUUGCCUACAUCGCAUAUGGAGAUGACAAAGGAAAACUUUGUGUCGUCCUUGACAUAAUUGACCAGAACAGGGUCUUGGUUGAAGGACCAUGCACUAAUGUUGCCCGCAAGGAGUUCAACAUGAAGGCCAUCCAGAUGACCCAGUUCCUCCUGAAAAUCCCACACUCAUGCAGACAGAAGGUUGUCCGUAAGGCUUGGGAGAAGGAGGAGAUCACCAAGAAGUGGGGCGAGACCACCUGGGCACGCAAGAUUGCCUCUAGAGAAUUGAGGGCGAACCUUACAGACUUUGACAGGUUCAAGUUGAUGAAGGCCAAACAGUGUAGAAACCGCAUUGUCAACACUGAAUUUGGCAAGCUGAGAAAAGCAGCAAAGAAGGGGGCAAAGAAAUAAACUGUACAUUAUGAAUAAAUGUCAUCUCUCAGA